AUGAUUAUGACUUUUAAAAUUUAUUUGUACCUUUAUUUUUUUAAUUUUUUUUUUAUGAUAUUAUUCUAUAAAAGUAAAGUAUAUAAUAAUAUUUUAUUUAUAAUAGUAUGGGGUAAACCAGGAGUAAAUAUAGAUAACGCAAAAACGAAUAAAAAAUAUAAUAUAAAAAUAAGAAAAUGGCUUAAUGAAAAAUAUAAGCUAAUUAUAUAG